AUGAUGCGGGCAAGGACCACGGCGCCGGCCUUCGCGCCCGUGAAGGAUAAGGCCUUCGUCUCCGCCGGCAAAGCCGCCGCCCACCCUGCCGGAGGCUCGCCGCAGCCGGAGGACGUGAAGUGGGAGGUGAGGCCCUGCGGGAUGCUGGUCCAGAAGAGGAGCCCAGAUUCCGCCGCCGGCCCGCCGGCCCCCACAAUCCGCGUACGCGUCAAGUAUGGCUCUGCCCACCACGAGAUCUACCUCAGCUCUCAAGCAACCUUCGGUAAAUACCAGCAGGAUACCCUGGUUUUUUCCCUUCUUGUUGCUUUAAACCAGAGUAGUGUUUACUUAUGGUGGCGGUGGCGGUGGCGAUGUAGGGGAGCUGAAGAAGCUGCUGGCGGAGCGGACGGGCCUCCACCCGCAGGACCAGAAGCUGCUGUACAAGGACAAGGAGAGGGAGUCGACGGCGUACCUGGACACCUCCGGCGUGAAGGACCGCUCCAAGAUCGUCCUCGUCGAGGACCCCACCGGCCAGGCCCGGCGGUUCCUGGAGAUGCGGAAGAACGCCAAGAUGGAGAAAGCCGCCAAGUCCAUCUCCCAGAUCAGCCUCGAGGUCGACAAGCUCGCCACCAAGGUCGCCAGCCAUCAUUAUCUGUGCGUCGUGUGGAGCUUGCUCGUCUCCCCCACCCCCGUCGCCGGCUCCCCCCGUUCUUCUGGCUGACUGUUAGAGCCUUCGUUUUCGUCCCCCCGCAGGUUUCGACGCUGGAAUCCAUCGCGUCCAAGGGCAAGAAGGUGGCGGAGGGCGACGUCAUCACCCUGAUCGAGCAGCUCAUGAACCAGUUGCUCAAGCUGGACGGCCUCGUCGUCGAAGGGGACGUGAAGCUGCAGAGGAAAACACAGGUGACCGACCAUCUCUCUGGCCGGCCAUUCGGUUCCCAAUUCCUCCUGUUUAUCUCCUGCUCUCUCUGACUGGCUGCUGUGGCGCUGCAGGUGAAGAGAGUCCAGAAAUAUGUGGAGACGCUUGACAACCUCAAGGUCAAGAACUCCAAUACCAGGGCCGAUGUUGAGAUGAAGCCAGCCCAGAGAGAAACGGAGAAGCAGCCGCAUCUCGACCACCUGCAUCAGCCUCAGCCACCCCGCCAGCAGCAAAGGGUCUCUCAGCCGCCGGUGGUGGUGACGACAGAUUGGGAGACAUUUGAUCUGUUGUCCGGUCCGCCGCCGCCACCUCCGUCGAGGGCUGCUCCCAUCCAACCCGCCGCCGUUAGCGGCGGUGCCCCCGCCGCCGUCAGCCCCUCCCCGCGGCUCGACUGGGAGCUGUUCUGA